UUGCUCCCGCCUCCUUCCGUCGGAUCUGAGCUCUCCCGCGGCUGCGCCGCCCCGGCCGCCCAGGAGACAAAGCGCUGCUGCCGCCGUUGCCGCAACCGGGCCAGUCCUGGACCAUGGCCGGGUCACCCCCCAGCCUCGCGCCUCCCGUCCCGUCGCCGCCCUAGGCCUGCGCUGCGAGGCCCCGGGCUCCCCUCCAGGCCCGGCGAUUGCCGCCAUGAAGCUGAACGAGCGCAGCCUGGCCUUCUACGCCACCUGCGACGCCCCAGUGGACAACGCAGGCUUCCUGUACAAGAAGGGCGGGCGACACGCAGCCUACCACCGGCGCUGGUUCGUCCUGCGCGGGAACAUGCUCUUCUACUUCGAGGAUGCGGCCAGCCGCGAGCCUGUGGGCGUCAUCAUCCUGGAGGGCUGCACCGUGGAGCUGGUGGAGGCCGCGGAGGAGUUCGCCUUCGCCGUGCGCUUCGCGGGGACCCGGGCGCGCACCUACGUGCUGGCCGCUGAGAGUCAGGCCGCCAUGGAGGGUUGGGUCAAGGCCCUGUCCCCUCCUGAGCUCAGCCCCCACCCCCAUACUCCCGGUGGGGACCAGGUCUUGCCUGGCUUCGGGGCUGACCGCCGGUCCCCUUUCUUCUCACCACAGUGCCCAUUCUUCAUCCAGGGAGAACCUCGGGGCUGGGAAUACCCUCUGGCCCUCACCCUGGGUCAUGUUUACAGUCCUCAAUGCCCCACACCAGGGGCCGCCUGA